AUGGUCAGGUGUCAUCGCUGUCUAGUUCAUUCAGAUUGUCUCUUCUCCUUCUCACCCCGUCUCUCUCAACAGCGUGAGUGUAUCUCUGUGCAUGUGGGCCAGGCUGGAGUCCAGAUGGGCAACACCUGUUGGGAGCUGUACUGCCUGGAACAUGGGAUCCAGCCGGACGGACAGAUGCCCAGCGAUAAACCCACAGGUAACCUUGACGACUCCUUCACUACCUUCUUCAGCGCCACGGGCACCGGGAAGUACGUGCCCCGCGCCAUCUUCGUCGACCUGGAGCCAACCGUUAUCGGUAAGUCUUUUCACAGAAGCUUUUAUCCUUUGAAAAACACUUCAACAUUUACGACACACCUGCUAAAGCAAAUCUCAGAUGUGCCAGUACAUUCCAUUUAUAAAUGUGUACAGAACAUCAUCCACGGGUAUCUAGUCUUCUCUCCAGCCCCACAUAGAAAAAUACUGUUUUCUCUUCCUCCAGAUGAGGUGAGGACCGGUACCUAUCGCCAGCUGUUCCACCCUGAGCAGCUCAUCUCAGGCAAGGAGGAUGCUGCCAACAACUACGCACGCGGUCACUACACCAUCGGCAAGGAGAUCAUUGACUCCGUCCUGGACAGGAUCCGUAAACUGGUGAGAAUGCUUGAGGAAUGAAUUGUUGACAAUUAUGACAAUUGGAGACUUGAUUUGAUAAACAAGAAGCUUUUUCGUUCCAUAACCCUCGUAACCCUGGGUUAUUCCCGAUAUCAAUUGAUAACCGUUGAACCAUCAACAUAAAUGAAAAGGGGGGAGAGUAGACAGCCUUGUGGUACACCACUAUAAACGCAACAUGCAACAAUUUCAAAGGUUUUACUAAGUUACAGUUCAUAUACGGAAAUCAGUUAGGCCCUAAUCUAUGGAUUUCACAUGACUGGAAAUACAGAUACCUUUAAAAAAAAAAAGUAGGGGAAUGGUUCAGAAAACCAGUCAGUAUCUAGUGUGACCACCAUAUGCCUCAUGCAGUGUGACACAUCUCCUUCGCAUAGAAUUGAUCAGGCUGUUGAUUGUGGCCUGUGGAAUGUUGUCCCACUCUUCUGCAAUGGCUGUGCGAAGUUGCUGGAUAUUGGCGGGAACUGGAACACGCUGUCGUACACGUCGAUCCAGAGCAUCCCAAACAUGCUCAAUGGGUGACAUGUCCGGUGAGUAUGCAGGCCAUGGAAGAACUGGGACAUUUUCAGCUUUCAGGAACUGUGUACAGAUCCUUGCGACAUGGUUAUCGUGCAUUAUCAUGCUGAAACAUGAGGUGAUGGUGGCGUAUGAAUGGCACGACAAUGGACCUCAGGAUAUCGUCACGGUAUCUCUGUGCAUUCAAAUUGCCAUCGAUAAAAUGCAAUUGUGUUCGUUGUCCGUAGCUUAUGCUUGCCCAUACCAUAACCCCGCCGCCACCAUGGGGCACUCUGUUCACAACAUUGACAUCAGCAAACCGUUCACCCACACGACGCGGUUGUGAGGCCGGUUGGACGAACUGCCAAAUUUUCUAAAACGACGUUGGAGGCGGCUUAUGGUAGAGAAAUGAACAUUCAGUUCUCUGGCAACAGUUCUGGUGGACAUUCCUGCAGACAUUUUAUUUAUUUAAUUUUUUAUUUUACCUUUAUUUAACUAGGCAAGUCAGUUAAGAACAAAUUCUUAUUUACAAUGACGGCCUACACCGGCCAAACCCGGACGACGCUGGGCCAAUUGUGCGCCGCCCUAUUUGACUCCCAAUCACGGCCGGUUGUGAUACAGCCUGGAAUCAAACCAGGGGGUCUGUAGUGACGCCUCAAGCACUGAGAUGUAGUGCCUUAGACUGCUGCGCCACUUGGGAGCCCAUUUUAGCGGGGCCUUUUAUUGUCCCCAGCACAAGGUGCACCUGUGUAAUGAUCAUGCUGUUUAAUCAGCUUCUUGAUAUGCCACACCUGUCAGGUGGAUGGAUUAUCUUGGCAAAAGAGAAAUGCUCACUAACAGGGAUGAAAACAAAUUUGUGAAAAACAUUUGAGGGAAAUAAGCUUUUUGUGCGUAUGGAAAAUGUCUGGGAUGUUUUAUUUCAGCUCAUGAAACAUGAGACCAACACUUUACACCUUUCGUUUAUAUUUCUGUUCAGUGUAAUUGCCCCUAAAUUCAUAGUGUCUGAUAAUGCUGUGUUGAUGUGCUGCUCUGAUAGGCUGUGUCAUUGUCUCCCUCAGGCUGACCAAUGCACUGGUCUCCAAGGGUUCCUGGUCUUCCACAGCUUCGGAGGAGGCACCGGCUCUGGUUUCACCUCCCUGCUGAUGGAACGUCUGUCUGUUGACUUCGGCAAGAAGUCCAAGCUGGAGUUUGCCAUCUAUCCAGCUCCCCAGGUGUCCACAGCAGUGGUGGAGCCCUACAACUCCAUCCUGACCACCCACACCACCCUGGAGCACUCUGACUGUGCCUUCAUGGUGGACAACGAGGCCAUCUAUGACAUCUGCCGUAGGAACCUCGACAUUGAGCGUCCCUCAUACACCAACCUCAACAGGCUCAUCAGUCAGAUCGUUUCCUCCAUCACUGCCUCCCUGCGCUUCGAUGGAGCCCUGAAUGUUGAUCUGACAGAGUUCCAGACCAACUUGGUGCCCUACCCCCGUAUCCACUUCCCUCUGGCCACCUAUGCCCCAGUCAUCUCCGCUGAGAAGGCCUAUCAUGAGCAGCUGUCAGUGGCUGAGAUCACCAACGCCUGCUUCGAACCAGCCAAUCAGAUGGUGAAGUGUGACCCUCGUCACGGCAAAUACAUGGCCUGCUGCCUCCUGUACCGUGGUGACGUUGUUCCCAAAGAUGUCAAUGUAGCGAUCGCUGCUAUCAAGACCAAGAGGAGUAUCCAGUUUGUGGACUGGUGUCCUACUGGCUUUAAGGUGGGGAUCAACUACCAGCCCCCUACGGUGGUUCCUGGAGGAGACCUGGCCAAGGUCCAGAGGGCUGUGUGCAUGCUGAGCAACACCACAGCCAUCGCUGAGGCCUGGGCCCGUCUGGACCACAAGUUUGACCUGAUGUACGCCAAGCGGGCCUUUGUGCACUGGUACGUUGGUGAGGGCAUGGAGGAGGGAGAGUUCUCUGAGGCCAGAGAAGACAUGGCAGCUCUGGAGAAGGAUUAUGAAGAGGUGGGUAUUGACUCGUUUGAGGAGGAGGGGGAAGAAGGAGAGGAGUAUUAAACAGUGAAUCUGCUGGUUAGGUUCUGGAACAAAAUGUAUGUUACAAG